UAACAAACCAUCUCGUCAUCGGAAUCAGCAACAGCUACUGUCUCCGGCGAGAAUCUCAAUUUCUGAUCAUUCACGGUGGCGUCGACGUCAGGCGAACAACAAGCUCUCUCGAGAAGAAAGCCGCCGCCAUCACCAUCAUCUCCUCCUCCUCACUCUGUUUCGCCUCUACGAACUCCUCCAGCGAGGAAAGGUAUCCCCGAGUUUCCCUUUUAUCAGCAGAACUGGUUCAUCGCUCUUCUCUUCGCGAUGGCUCUCGGAUUCUUCUCUCUCGCUCUCUUCCUCUUCCUUAGCGUCGAUUUGGAUUCCGCCGCCGCGUCUGGUAAAGAAGGCGUCGUCGAGAUAACGUAUGGAAGUGCGAUUAAGCUGAUGCACGAGAAGACUAAGUUUCGACUGCAUUCUCACGAUGUGCCGUAUGGAUCCGGAAGUGGUCAGCAAUCUGUCACUGGUUUUCCAGGCGUCGUUGAUUCCAACAGCUACUGGAUUGUUAAACCUGUGCCUGGGACAAUAGCCAAGCAAGGUGAUGCCAUCCUGAGUGGAGCCACCAUUAGAUUGCAGCACAUGAAGACCCGGAAAUGGCUCCACAGUCACUUGCAUGCUUCCCCUAUUUCAGGCAACUUAGAGGUUAGCUGCUUUGGAGAUGAUUCAAAUUCCGAUACCGGGGAUCACUGGAAGCUUAUAAUCGAAGGGAGCGGGAAGACAUGGAAACAAGACCAAAGAGUCCGACUUCAACACAUAGACACUAGUGGCUAUCUCCAUAGCCAUGACAAAAAGUACCAGCGUAUAGCCGGUGGUCAGCAAGAGGUGUGUGGAAUCAGGGAGAAGCGGGCAGAUAAUGUUUGGUUGGCAGCAGAAGGAGUCUACCUUCCCGUUAAUGAGAGUAGCAGCAAGUAAUGUGAAGGGUUGUGUUACCUUAUCUCUGAGGAGACUUUGAAUCUCAUCUUUUACUCUCUAAAAGAGAGCUCAGAAACAAAAAAAUACAUAUAUUUUGCUGAUCUUCGAUUGAUGAUGCUUUUAGUCGUACGAAUAUACAUAUAUUGUUAUUGGAAACCUUGAUUUCUCUCA